CGGAGCGGCGCGCGGGGCCGAGCCAUGAGGGGGCUGGCGCGGCCGGCGCUGAGGGCGCGAUGGUGCCGCUCGCUCUGGGCGCUGCCCGCAAGGGCCGCCGCCAGCAGCGCCGCUUCGCCUUCUCCUCCUCCAGCGGCGGGCUCGGGCGCGCUGAACCCGUUCGACCGCCGGCUGAAGCGGAAGCAGAAGAACUGGGCGGCGCUGCAGGCCGAGCCCGCCAAGUGCGAUUACCUGCGGGAGGAGGUCGGCGGCAGGAUCGCGGACCGGGUGUUUGACAUCACCAGAACGUUUCCUCUGGCUUUGGACGUUGGCUCUGGAAGAGGUUACAUAGCUCAGCACUUAACCAAGGAAACAGUUGAAAAACUUAUUCAAGUUGAUAUCGCAGAGAAUGCUUUAAAAAAUGCUGUAGAAUCUGAAAUCCCGACGGUCAGGGUGGUAGCUGAUGAGGAAUUCCUUCCUUUCAAAGAAGAUACCUUUGAUCUUGUUGUCAGCAGCUUAAGUUUGCAUUGGGUGAAUGACCUUCCUAAAGCUUUCAAAGAGAUCCACCAGGUGCUGAAGCCCGACGGAGUGUUCAUCGGAGCCAUGUUUGGGGGGGACACUCUGUACGAGCUGCGCUGCUCCCUGCAGCUGGCAGAGCUGGAGAGGGAAGGGGGCUUCUCUCCUCACGUGUCACCCUUCACUGCUGUCGCCGAUCUGGGACAUCUGCUCUCCAGGGCUGGCUUUAACACCCUCACUGUGGAUACUGAUGAAAUCCAAGUGAACUACCCAGGGUUAUUUGAGGUUAUGGAAGACUUACAAGGUAUGGGGGAGAGUAAUUGCUCUUGGAAUAGAAAACCUCUGUUACACAGGGAGACGAUGCUGGCAGCUGCUGCAAUAUACCAAGAAAUGUAUGGAAACAGCAAUGGCUCUGUACCUGCCACCUUUCAGAUCUACUACAUGAUUGGCUGGAAAUACCAUGAGUCACAGGCAAAACCAGCCCAGCGAGGUUCUGCAACAGUUUCAUUUGGAGAUCUGGCAAAAAUAGAAGGACUUCUUAAAAAAGGAAAAAAAUAGUUGUUCUUCGGAAAUAAUAAUUGUCCUGAAACUUCUAUAAAAGUUUUAAUUGCAGACAGUCCUCACUUGUGCUUAUUUAGUGAUGACAUCCUGAAAUGAUAAUAAAGUAUGUGCAAUAGGGUUUUUUUACCGUGCCACAGCA